GCCAGGUGGAGGCCCGCAAGUGCGAUUUCGCAAUGGCCCGGCCGAUCUCUUCCGGGAAUGGCGUGCGGAAGCCAAGAUCGACCGACAGCAACAACGUUAUUGUUUGUCCGGCGCGCAGACUAUCUGAAUAUGCACGCUUUACCGCCCCCGCGCCAUCAUGUGGUCGUGGAACAAUAUCAAGAUGCUUCAAUGGUGUGGAACUGUGAUGGCACGCAGCAUGUGUGUACCUCGCCCUCUACAGGUUCGCCGUAGACAUUCGAUACUCUGGGCCGCGAUCUGGACUGGUACCUGCUGCACCGUGCCGCGCGAUAUCGACGCAAGUGCUAGAAAAGGGAAGACUCUAGAGCAAAAAAACGGCUUGUCUCACUGGAAGCGAAGAGGCUGCCGACAUCUCACUGGACAGAUGCGAGGCACAGAGCGUUGCAUCGUCAAAGUGACACCACGUUGGGUCGGCAGAUUCCCUACGGGUUGCACGAAUCACAUCGUGAACAACGGUUCCAGUUCUUUUCUCCGCCGUAUCCCUAGGACGCCAGAUGCGGAACAAUUUUUUUUCUUUCGUUUAUCUCUUUGCCUCACGAAUCCCAGACCGACAUUUUGUCUCGUCUCCGCCGUCUGGCCAUCGCAAGCAACUCAGUUCGCCCCAACCGUCUCGCCUCUCUCUCUCUCUCUCUCUCUCUCUCUCUCUCUCUCUCUGCCGCAGAGGGGAAUGCCAAUGAUGGGAUUGUCUACGCCAGUAGAUUAAGCGUGCAGCGCCAUGCGAGAAAUGUUUCCUCAAAAACAGCAAGGCUCGCCCUUGCAGAAAAAGAGCACGCGAGAGAAGAGACGUUUCUUUGCGCCCUGCCGCCGCCUUGCCCCGUCUGAGAAAUGAUCCCAAACCUGAGGCGCGCCAGUGAGUUCAAGGGCAAGGACUGACGCUAUUCUUUCCAAGUGUUUCGUCGC